UACCAGCACGACAAUUGAAGGACACUUUAAGUUGUCUUUACUAUAAGGGUCAUGCAUCUGCAAAAUCUGACAUUAAAGUAUUUGUGGUUUAUAGCCAAGAACUUGUUAGCUUCUAUUAACACUCUUGUAUUUCCGUUAUGUUUCAUUAAAGCGUGUUAAACUUAGAGCAUAAAGCAACCAACAUAAACAGAACUACACAAGAAGAUCAUUCACCAUUAGCAGAGUUGGUGCUAGAAUAUAAAAGAGUAGAUAUACCUGAUAUCAUUAACCGUAAAUCAACAUGAUCAGGACUGAAUCACAGGGAAUGAAUGAGAGAGUGGAGAUGAUGGUGGAUAUUUACGAGAGCGCUGCUUCUGUGAGAGAUCACGACUUAACAAAUACAAACACACAACAACCAUUGCAGCAUACAGGAAGUGAGCGUGUGAGGAAGAGAAGUUACAGAUCAGUUACAGUGUGUUUGGUGCUGCUGUGUGUUCUUCUACUGACUGCAGUCAUAGUGCUGUGUGUCCUCAUCAAUACAAACAACACAGAAGAGAGAGACCAGCUACUAACCAAAUAUACCAACAUCACAGAAGAGAGAGACCAGCUACUAACCAAAUAUACCAACAUCACAGAAGAGAGAGACCAGCUACUAACCAACAAUACCAACAUCACAGAAGAGAGAGACCAGCUACUAACCAAAUAUACCAACAUCACAGAAGAGAGAGACCAGCUAUUGAAACAAAAUGAAAAGUUAAAUCAAGACAUCAAUAAACUAUGGAAAUUAAGUGAAGGACUGUGAUAGAUGAUAGUUAAACUGUUUGUGUUUACAGAUGGAUGGAUUUACUAUCAAUCCAGUUUGUACUACAUUUCAUCUGAGAUGAAGAACUGGACUGAGAGCAGAAGAUACUGUAGAGAGAGAGGAGCAGAUCUGAUCAUCAUUAACAACAAAGAGGAACAAGAUAUUAUUAAUACUUCUGGUAGAGAAAAAAUCUGGAUUGGUUUGUCUGAGAGUAAUGUAGAGGGCAGAUGGAAAUGGGUUGAUAACAGCACACUGGGCUAUAAGUGA